AUCACCGAUGCGGCUUUUUAGAUUGCCAGGCAUUGUCAGAUCGUCAAUUGAGCUGUUUACGGGGUGCGCUUCUCAAAGGACACUACAAUGUCGCGAGCUUCCAAGGUGACACUAGCACUCACCAGUCUUGGUACUGCUGGGAUCGUCUAUUUUGUGCAUUGGUCCCAAGAGCAAGAGAAAGCGCAAAUGCACAAAGGUGUUGAACGAGAUAUGGAAAAACAGCGGAUUCGAAUGGAGCGACAAGCCGAGUUUCAGAUGCAGAAAGCUCUAGAAGAGGAGUACCGAAAGCUUCAAAAAGUGUCUCCGAGCACAGAUACUCAAGGGUCAAGCGGGUGACAUGGAAACCGUAAAAUCAGGUCAUAACCAGGUUGAGCAAAUGCACAUGUCUGGGUCUAUGUGCUUUGACAUAUGAUCUUGGGUCCAAAUCAACUAUAUACCACUUCGACGUUUCCGAAGUGGAAUGUGUAAAUUAGUCACGAACUGUAUAUUAUACCGAUUAGAGUUACUAGACAUAUUCUGCAUGAACUUGUCUCAAUGCAAUAUCAUCUCUGCUUC